AUGCCCGCGCCGCAGGGCGAGCCGCCGGUGCUCGACGACCAGGCGCGGUUCGAGAUUAUCAUGAAACACGGCCACCAGGACCUCGUCCAGGCGGUCGCAUUCAAUGCCUAUGGCGACCGCUGCGCGACGGGCUCCGUUGACGGCAAGAUCCGCGUGUUCAACCGCCACCGCGACGGCAUGUGGCGGCUGUGCGACAACUGGGGCGCCCACGGCGGCGAGAUUCUGGACCUCCAAUGGCUGCCGCCAACCAUCUAUCCCAACCUGCUGGCGUCUAUGGGCAUCGAGGGCCGCUUCAAGCUGUGGACCGAGGACCCAGCAGCGGCGCCCGGCCGGCGCUUCAGCCAGCGUGCCAAAGGUAAUGCCAAGGCCGCUUUUGAGACACGGUCGCCUCGGUCGCCGUACCGGUCGUUUUCUAUGAAGCACAACGACGAGACGCGGCACACGUACUUGGCUCUGCUCGCGGCCGACGGCACGCUGACCGUCCUGGAAAACGAGGUGCCCGAGAACCUCUCCGACUACGCCAACGUCGACGAGCUGCGCGUCUGUCCGAAGCCAGCCCGCGGCGAGGAGGCGAGCUUCCGGGUGCAGUUCGACCCGAAUCCGGAGCCGUGCUUUACGGCGCUGCGGGCGGGCGUGCGCGCCGACUCGCUGAGCCUUGUGGUGGCGGCCAUGGACGCGGUCAAGAUCUACCGAACACGGCCCAUCACGACGACGUCCUACGGCUUGCAGGGUAUGGGCCGCGCAUUUUACCUUGCCGCCGAGGUCAAGGGCCACCGCGGGCUGGUGCGCGACAUUGCGUGGGCCCCAGGCAACUUCCGGGGAUACGACAUUAUUGCGACGGCGUGCCAAGACGGCUAUGUGCGUGUUGUGCGCCUCGACACGCCCUUCUCAGCCAACGAGGACGGCAAGACGUGGGCGGCGCACGACAUUGUAGUGAAGACCGGCGACGGGGCCGGCGGUGGCUCCAACAGCGUCAACGCACGGCGGAAGCGCGACGGCAAGCCCGGGUCGUCGUCGGGCGGCCUGAUCACGGCAGCGGCGGCGGCGUCGGGCUCCACAACACCCGCCGGGCCCAGCUCGUUGUCGACGCCCGCCUCUGUGGCGUCGUCGCUGUCCUCCACGACACGCGACCUGGUCCCCGACGCAGGCGCCUCGGACGAGACGGGUGGCACGCUGCUCGACCCGCACGGGAACAGCAGCGCAAUCAGUUCAACGGCGACGUCGUUCUCGGGACUGCCGCCCAUCCCAGACGCCUCGACACACGGCGGCGGCAUAGCAGCUGGCGACCGCCACUGGACGGGCGAGGCUGGGCAGGUGCGGCACACGGUGCGCGAACUGUCCAAGCUGGAAAACCACCGGACACCCGUGUGGCGUGUGUCCUUUGACGACGAUGGCCAGAUCCUGGGCAGCGUAGGCGACGACGGCAAGCUUCUGUGCUAUCGACAGACACCAGACGGCUCGUGGGCACGGAGUUCAGAGUUGACAGUCAUGAAGAUGCGCAUGGCGGCUCCAUGA